AUGAAUCGGAUAUGGAGCCUGAGUAUCUUUUAUGCAACACGCGCAAUUCAAGAAUCCGAUUGGCCAAAGUCACUUGCGUCCCGAAGAAAAGGCCAUCAUCUUAUGCUGGAUUUGUUACGCAAGCAUCGUGAACAAUUUGUGGUGCGUAAUGAUAUGGUUUUUCGCAAGGUCAAGGUGAACAACACUCUUCAAGAAGUCCGCUUUGCAAUGUUCUCUCGGCGUGCUGACAUUGUACAAGAAAUCCACAAGGCUUUUGGACACCCUGGAAUGACCACUAUGCAGGAUUUGGUGCGUAAACGUUGGUGGUGGCCCAACAUGAAACAAGACAUUCAAGAAUGGAUUGCCCAAUGUUCACAAUGUCAAUUGGCUGCUGGUGCUGACCGCAAUAAUCAUCAUGCACCUAUGCAUUUGACCGAAAUCCCGCCUGCUUUUUCUCGUUGGCAUUUGGACUUUAUUGGAGAAUUACCUACUACCACAAGUGGUAAUCGUUGGAUACUCGUUGCUGUUGACUACACGACAAAUUGGCCUAUUGCUCGUGCUGUUCCUGAUGCAACCAGUGAAGCCAUUGCCAAGUUCAUUCACGAGGAAAUUGUUAUGCGUUUUGGCUGUCCUGAUGAAAUCGUAACCGAUCGUGGCGCUAAUUUUAUGGGCAAGUUCUUGGAUUACUACCUUGGUCGACUUUAA